CUCAUUAUUUUGUCAGCCAUUUUCUUUCGGGAAGUAGGAAAUUUUCGCGAAGUGAGAGUAUUCAAUGAAAUAAGGCAGAUUUCUCUCUUAUUCGAGAAAAUAAAAUAUUGAUUUGAUAAGGGUACAAUGUCAGAUUUCGACGCCAACCCAUUUGCGGAUCCGGAGGCUGCGAAUCCGUUCUCGGAUCCAGCAGUUCAGCAAGCAGCACGUACAGGAGGCCAGGGACAGGGUGGUAUUGAUGAGUACAACCCGUUUGCCAGUGGGAAUCAGACGAAAACAGCUCAGCAGGCAAAUCCACAGCAACCUCAGCAACCAUGGAAACCUCCACCACCACAGCCUGCUGUCAUGCAGCCGACAGAAUCACCACCACCCUACACACCAUCAGCCGCACAGAAAGCCGAUACGGCCGAGCUGCAGCGGCGGCAAGAGGAAUUGGAGCGAAAAGCAGAAGAAUUACAGAGGAAAGAACAACAGAUGAGAGAUGCUCAGAUCAAUACUCGUGCAAAUAACUGGCCACCUCUGCCCGAAAAGUGUUGUGUAGGACCAUGUUUUUAUCAAGAUUUUAAUGUAGAUAUACCACUAGAAUUCCAGAGAAUUGUCAAGAUAUUAUAUUAUUUAUGGAUGUUUCACGUGUGUGUAUUGUUCCUGAAUAUCCUUGGUGGAUUAGCGUAUUUCAUAGCCGACAGUGGAUCAUCGAGUGGGGGCACGACGUUUGGCCUGGCCAUCCUCUACUUCGUUCUCUUCACGCCCUGUUCAUUUGUCUGUUGGUAUCGACCAGUCUAUAAAGCAUUCAGGAGUGACAGCUCAUUUAACUUCUUUCUAUUUUUCUUCAUAUUCUUCUUCCAAUUCUGUGUCCAUCUAAUACAAUGUUUAGGAAUCAAUGGAUGGGGAACAUGUGGGUUCCUGAGCAGUUUCGCUAUGCUCGCUAAAAAGACCGACGCGGGCUACGUAGUGGGAGCCAUGCUGAUACUUCUUGGAGUCGCAUGGGCUCUUCUUGCAGCAGCCGAUUUGUUCUGCCUCCUUAUGGUGCAUCGCAUAUACCGCAGCACGGGCGCCAGCUUCGCAAAGGCACAACAAGAAUUUGCGCAAGGCGUCAUGAAAAACGAAGGAGUUCAGAACGCUGCUGGAAACAUGGCUGCCGGAGCAGCGAGAAAUGCAUUCACAGGAACUGGAUCAGGCGGUAAUCGUUACUAAGCGGCCAGAAUCGGACGAUGAUUGAACAAUUCUUGUAAAUAAAGGGCGAUAUGUACACCAUGAUGAAUGGUGUGGCAAUGAAAUUCUCUGAAUGUGAAGUUCUGGCCAAACUUUGUGAAAUUGACAGCUGGCUGUUGUUGGGUCGUACUGCUCCUGCUGUGAAGGGCAGGAACCCAUCUACCCUGCCAUCCCUACAGUGCUAGACAAGGACCCUGCCAUCUCUGCAGUGCUAGACAGGGAGUGUGAAAAGCAUGAAAUAUUCUACUCUUCCAUGUAGAAUAUGAUGAAGUCAUCCUGAACUUGUUGCUACUCAAUGACCAUCCGUGGUACGAGGACCGAUUUCAUUUCCAUACAUUAUAUGUCGGAGCUUGAAUAGUCAAGUCAAACUGACACAUGACGAAGAUGACUCGUCAAACUGUGCUUUGUCUGAGCAGGUUGCGAUCUUUCGAUCAGGUUUGCUGUCAUAUUCACUGAGUUUACCUGUCAGUGUUGAAGGCUAAGUCAUGGAGGUACAUCGAGAUAGAAUGAGUGCCUUGGCUGGAAAACUGUUAACCUGGCUCUGCGUUGGAACAUACUGUGUCGACAGGAUUAGCCGUAUGAGGGAGUGGGUCAAAAAGCCUAUUUUAGAUAUGAUAGGCCACUGUGUAACAGACAGGCUUAAUAUCUUCAACAAAUAUUUUCAGGCUAAGGUGAGAAAUGCUUUGGCUCCCGGUUUAGGUAUGUUCAUGGGGUAGAAUAAAACUUGGCACUGUCUUCUAAAGGCCUUCCAGUUUUUGGUCGACUUGAAGUAUUUCAAAACAGAAGAGGCAAAUUAUUUGUGUGAUGAGUAACCUACUUAGACUCUUAUGUGAACACUGAUUAAUGUCACAUCGAAUUGGAUUCAAUAAUUGGAGGACAUGUACAUAAUUCAGCCCUUUGGCUGCUAGUUGCUUUGAGGACGAUGUUGUUGCAAAAAGGUGUUUGGAGUGGCCUUGGUUCUAGCGCAUUCUAGAAAUACACAGUGGUGUGUCGAACUUGGCAUGAACAACUAUACAUCUGCAUGUAGAAAUAGUAUUGAACUUGAGUUGUACAUGUGGCCAUUUGUAAACAUUGUAAAAAAGCAUUUCAUGUUUCACCUAUUUGAACUUGCACCUUGAUGCAAGGUGCUUAAAAUUUUAGUCUAAUGACAUUACUAUGAGAUUGGUGACCUCAGUGACCUCUAAUGCAUCACCUUUCCCAGCAACCUUAUAUCAGUGUCAUUAGAGUAUUUCACCUCGUCUUUACUAUACUACCCGUUUGUCUCCUUACUGUUGUUUCAUUGAAGUGAUUUCGGAUGAGUUGUGAUUACUGUCAAAGAUUCUAUGUAGUGAGUGUGGUGUGGUCAACGUAUAAACGAACUGGUGUGACAGUAUUUAGACAUGUACACUUGUAAAAAAAAGAUGGCUGCAGUAUACAUGUAUAUUGCUUUGUAAUAAGUCUCAUCAUUUUACUGGCUGCAUCGUGAGUGUUCACUGUCAAAUCCUUUGAGAUAAGAUUUCUCCAUUUUUUGUGUGGAGUCGUCAGAAUACAGGUCACGCAUGUAUAUACGUUGCUCAGAAAUUCGAAAAAUUGAUUUGUACAAUUUUGGCUGAUAAAUUUUUCUCCCUUCAUAGAAAAGUGAUACACAUUUAUUAUUCUAAUAUAGUCUUGAUUCCUUAAGCGUUGACCAUUCUAGAUCUAAAUGCAGCCUUUAAAUGGAUGACUCUUAUCUGUUUUGCUAUAGAAACUGUUGAGUCUUAUAACUUUACAGUUGUCAGCCUAGGAUGUAUUUAAAGAAUGGAAUGCUGAAUAGAAGCAGCUUUUCUCCUAUUUACAUGUAGUAUGUAUGAUAGAAUUUCAAAUUCCUGUUUUGUUGAUUGUUCAUUUGGCGGCUGCCAGAGGCAGGGCUGUUAUGUUGUGUCACCUUGUUUCUUGGUUAUAUGGUUGUGGUCAUAUCAUAUAAAUCACUGUUAUGACAUCACUUAACUGGGGCCGUAGCUUUUUCAGGUCAAGUAUACAGGGUGUUUCGGAAACAUCUUCUCACUUUGAUACUGUUAAACUUCUUAAUCCACCAAAUGCAAUAUGGCUGUCAGACCACACAAUGUUGUGAUGUGUGAGACUUCUUAUGUAUGUGUCGCCUGAUAGAAGAUUGCUCUAGUUCUUCUCUAAGCUUCACCACUUCUGAAUAUGUCCUCAUUAUCUAUGCUAUGAUUUUUAAAAGUAAAUAUAUAACCCAGUCAUUUCAAAUUAUUCUGUUUUCCUCACUCUUGUUCAUGGCAGAAUUUAUGAAUGACCUGGAAUAAUUGUACCCCUGCAUUGUACAAACUUCCCUUGUUAAUAAAUGGUUCCUGCCUAGUGUUCUCACACUUGAUGUUCUGGAGUUGAGCUGAAGAUUUUUCACUUUGAAAAAGUCUUUAUUCAUUGUAAAUACUAAUAAAUUAGUCUGAAUGUGGCACCAAUGUGUGAUAUUGUAAAUUAUAGUUAUCAGUUAUAACUUGGCACUUAUGUAAGCAUACAUGUACAAAAAACCAUGAUUUCUUUUAUGUUUGGAAUUUCAGUAAUUGGUACAAGAUAGGAUCGUAGUUCUAUGUCCUUGUUUGAAGUAGUUCAUUGAAGCUCUAAUUCAAGAAGCUUUCAAAAUUUGCCUGGAGUUGUAUUUUGCCAGCUGAAUUUUUGUGGCUCCUGGUUUCAUAAGAUCACUGAUGUUAUUAUUUCAAUUUAGUUAUUGACAGUUGAUAGGCUGAUUGAAGAUGUGAUGCUGCAAGAUGUCUGAGAAUAUUUCGCCCACUUAACAGGCAAGAUGGAGCAGAUUUAAUACUGUAUGACGUGUAGUGUCAUUAUAACUUUAUAAGAAGCAUUCCAUCUUGAAUAGGUGUGACCGUGAAUUGAUACUUCAAUUGGUUAUCAAUUCAUGGCUGUGCCUUUGCCACAGCCUGAACUCUCUUGUUUUGUUCUGGGUUCAAUGUCACCAAAAAUUUACAACACUAACAGCUAUUGUCAUCAACUGCUGUUGGAAGGGGUAUGACUAAGGCUUCAAUUUCGAAAAUUUCAGUGAUUUGUUGGCAGGUGGUUUUUCAGGGCAAAUUUUCUUUGUUCCAUCAUCAUCAUCAAUAGCGGCUUCGUGGCCCUCCUGGGUCUUUGCCUCAUCUUUCCAUAGUUUUGACAUUCUUUCCUGAUAAUAAUCUUUUAAUCUAUGCUUGGUGAUAUUGAACUCUCAACAGACUCGAGGUUGGUUUUUUUUGUUACUUGUAUAUUUCGGUGAAAAACCCUAUUUAGUGCUGAUUAUGUGCAAGUGCAUAUAUUUAGAAUGUAAAUGUACUACAUUGUACUAUUAAAUCCUAAGAACAAUAAAUAUAAUUUGGUUUCAUCGAGUAAAUGCAA